CAUGCUUUCGUUCAUGUGACUACUAUUCGCCUACCAUUUGGAAGUUGGAACCCCGCCCUUUCCACCCGUGCCAGCACUGUAUUUGUUCACAUCUCAUAUGCCUUCUGUUCUGCACCAACCUCUUUAAUCUUCAAAGCUACUCCGGGUCCAGCACUCAGUCAACAGCCUCGAAUAACUCGAGCUACUAUCAUAUUGACUAGGCAUAGUUGGUAAUAAAUGGAGAUCGUAAGAAUCGAUAUUGGUACGAUAUCGAGUUUGCAUUUGGACGAACGCGGUGAACCGAAGAUAGGUGGUUCAGUCGGAGGCUUCAUCGCCCUUGUUGUUUGCCUAAUUCUUGUCAUCAUCAUUGCAUGCACUGCUACAUUUUUUCUCUUGCGACUAGAGAGAUUUGAGGAGGCAAUCGCCUCUCGUCAUCGGCGUCGUUUACAACAUCAGACCACACAGCCUUCUUCCUACAUUUAUCAACCUUCUUCCACUCCUUCUAAAUCAUGGCUUGCGUCAUUGAAAGGCGUGUUCUCUGGUGGCCUCGACUCUAUUAGACACAGUGCUGGCCGCAGGAUGAAAGGUCGUGAUGGCUGGAUACAAGCAGGUUUGGGUGAUGAAUGGGACGAUGAUAUGCAGGAUGUUGAACGGCUGAGAAGCAUCAAACUUGGGGAUAGACAGUACAUGACGCACUCGCGCCCGCUGGAUCCACCUUUUCAUCCCCCACCCGGUUAUUUAAGCGACUCCUCCCUUCCAAACCGAUUUGCAUCCGAGUCUGAAGAAUCAGAAUUCUCUAUACCUAAUGUUCCUCCCGUCGACAUUUCUGCGAUACCACGGUCAGCUUCCCCUAAAGCCAUGGCCAUACCUUACUCUCCUUCCUCUGUGUAUUUUAAGCCGGAGAACAAGAGAAAGAGUUCGACAAACUCUGAAAUUUCUACGAGAACAUUUAACAGCGGCACCAGGUUCGUGGAAGGCUUGUAACUCCCAAGUGACUCUUUUCCGCUGCCUCAUUGACGACAAUCAAAUAACGACUGUUUUGAAUAAUUUGUUCCGAAUUCUUGUUGUAUAUACUCAAAGUAUGUACUGUUGGUACAUAUGAUAUCGUAUUCUCUGUAAACGUACCUAUAAUCUUAGUUAUCUGUAGUGUAUGAUUUUUGAUCUUUGCAAAUUGCACACACGCCCUUUCA